GCCUGCAUAAGGUACCAAGUGAGAAAUGUCAACUCUACCACGAGCUGUUGCGUUUUCUUCCCGGUUGUCAUCCAGGAGACGUGCACAGUGAUACAUUUGGAGCUAAUUAGUUUAAACAAAGUUAGGAGAUUAUGUUUCUGGUCUUUUUGUGUGGGCUUGAUUAUGUCCUUGUAAAUAUACAUGUAGGCUAAUACUGUUCGUGCCCAGCGGAAUGAACGGCGAUGCCACUUCACCAGUUCGUUUAAUUAAGAUCCAAGGGCACGAGGUAGAAAAACAAUGAACUACGAGAACGGGGACGGUGUCACCCAGCGACAGCCACCGCAGUCUCCGCACCAGCUUAGAGCUGAGCAACAGCAAGCAAGCGACCAGAGGCAUGCACAACGAUCCAUAACGCCAGCAAAACCUAAAGACUCGUUAGCAGCGUCCCUGACGAAGAUCAAGGCGAGCUCCAGCGCACCAAACUUAAGUAAUAGACCCGGGGACCGCAGCCGGCUGCCCCCGCGCACCCAGUGGAACGGGAGAGACUUGAAACCAGAGAAGGGGAAACAGUCCGGGAAACCCUUAGCGCCUGUCGCUGGCUCCCAUAUGCACCGCCGUAAAUUGUCUGGCCCGAGGAAGCUGUCCGAUCGGAGCAAUGGCUCUGACGAGCUUACCAAGGAUUGCACUCCGGACAAACUUUCGCCCUCCGACAGCAGCUCCGAUCCCUUCGAUUGCACUUCGGAGGAAAAGAAGUUUCCCACCACAAGCAGUGACACGGAAUCCCUCAGUCGAGGUGCGGGGGUAAAUGAGGGGAGAAGCGAAGUGGCGCACGGGGACGGGGUACCUGGCAGGAAUGGUAGAGCUGACCAGCAGGUGAAGAUGUCUGUGGGCAACGACGCUACUGUCUCACUAGGACAGGAGACUGGGCAGGGGAGAGACUCCCCGAGUGAUGAGCGAUCCUUCACUUCCUCCGACAGCCGUCUGAACUUCAGGGCUUCCUUCACCUUAUCCGACCUGCAAGAGGAGUUAAUCCACGGGAUGCAGGAAGAAUUCGUCAGGGAAAUCGAGGAGCUCAGAUCAGAAAACGAUUAUUUAAAAGAUGAGCUGGAGGAGCUGCAGGCGGAGAUGCUGGAGAUGCGGGACGAGUACCUGGAGGAGGACGUGUACCAGCUGCAGGUGCUGCGGCAGCAGCUGGACCAGGCCAAUAAGAGCUGCCGCAUCCUGCAGUACCGCCUGCGCAAGGCCGAGCGCCGCAGUCUGCAGGUCGCUCAGACUGGCCACAUAGACGGAGAGCUCAUCUGCACACUGGAACAGGACCUCAAGGUGGCGAAAGACGUGUCCAUUCGGCUGCACCGGGAGCUGGAGGCAGUGGAGAGGAAGCGGGCGGAGCUGGAGCAGGAGAACACUGACCUGAGAGAGAGGCUGCAGGAGCUGGAGGUGGCCAGGCAGGUGCUGCAGGCUGAGAUGGAGAAGACCAGAGAGAAUUCGCUGAAGAGGAAAGGAUCCCGGUCCUCCUUUAAGACAGAGAAGAAGCUCUUGUCUCAGGAAGACAGUGCCGAUCUGAGGUGCCAGCUUCACUUCGCCAAAGAGGAAUCGACACUGAUGUGCCGCAAGCUGGCCAAGUUGGUCCGUGAGAGUGAGGGGAUGGCUGAAGAGCUGGCACGGUUCCGCUCCCUGUAUGGCAGAGCGGAGGGGCUGGUGGAGGGGCGGGCUGCCCCAGGCCAGAGCCACGCCGACACACGUGAGGCAGACAUCAGGGUUCACCUGCAGCUGGUGGAGGAGGAGGCCAACCUGCUGAGCCGACGCAUCGUAGAGCUCGAGGUGGAAAACCGUGGCCUGCGUGCAGAAAUGGAUGAGAUGAAGCACCCGGAACUGCUGGAAGGGGCGGGGCAGCAGGGCGGAGCCAGCAGCAGAGCCAGAGCUGGGGAGGUGGAGCGACAGAGCACAGCACUGGUAGGGGAGGUGGACCAUGGCAGGGUGGGGCCUGACCCCAGUGCACAACCUGAGAUCCUGUGUAGCGGGGCUGCUGACAGGGUGAUCCAGUACGGAAACCACGUCCUACUGUGCCACCUGGACUCCAGGGUGGAGCCACACCCCGGGGCUCUGAAGGGGCGCGGUGAUGAGGGCCAUGCCCACCGGACCCAUGGGGGCCUCAGCCUGGGGAUGGGGAACUUUCCAGCCCUCCUCAAAAUCCGAGACCAGGCCUGCCUCCUGCACUCUGCCAUCUGCCUCCUCAUAGCCUCUGACUCCUCCCACCUCCACUCCCCCAUCUGUCAAAUGGCCACUCCUGCACCUCUGUCCCCCCACAGCCUCACAGAGCAGGGGAUUCUGGGUAAAAGCCACACCAAAGUGGACACUCUGGCCCAUGGGCUAGAGAACCUGCAGGUCCAGCUGCUGGCCUUCAUGGAGAGGGUAGAGGUGCUGAAGGGGGUCAGGAGGGUGGAAGUGCAGGUUGGGGAUGCCCUGCCUGCACAUGUGGAUGCCCAGGAUGCUGAAAACCCUGUAGGACUGAAGGGACGCCACAGUCAGGACCAAUCAGAAAAGCAGGUCAAAGGUCAGGCAGAGAAGGGGCAUGGACAUAUCCGUGAUCAGGCUGUGGCCAAGUGCACGCAGACAACGGAGCAACCAGACACAGUGGAGGAUCACAAGGGGUACUGGGUGGACCUGCCGAGGUGGGACGUCCUGCUGCCGGACUGUGGCCUGCAGACCCUACAACAACACAAGCUGUGCAGUCAGGACGGCCUGCUGCUCCUCUCACUGCAGCUACGUUGCUUCCUCAAGCACUGGCGCCAUGGCAACAGGCUGGAGCUGGAGCAGAGGGGGCGGGACUUCCUGGAGAUGAGCAGAGUGAAGAGCCUGUGUCUGUUGAGGGAGGAAGAGGGGCCAGCUGUUCCCCAGAGCGACAGUAGCUCCCCCUUGCCUGUCCAGGAUCCCCUCCCCCUGGAUAAUCACAAACAUACCAUACCCCCGGAUAACCACAUGGAGUUGGGGGGUGUGAGCUGUACCCUCCUGGAGCUGAAGGGGGUUCUGCAGGAGCUGACUGCAGAGAUGCUGGUGGGACGGCGUGUGUCCGCAGACCUGGCCCAUACGUUUGCCUGUGCCAGAUCUGCCUGGGAGGCUGAGAGGACUGAGCUCCUGAGUCAGAUCAACCAGUCUUAUCAGUCUCUGCAUGGUGAGAAAUCAGAACAGGACACUUACACAGGAACAGAAGCAAAUGGAACUGACCUACACAGGAUUAAACACCUCUCCUCCUCCAGUGCAGAGAUGCUUUGUCCCUUGCACACCUCCUCCAUCCACAGGGGUGAGACUGCAGGAGCCAAGGGCCAAUCAGGGCCCCGGAGGAGCUGCCAGUACCAGGAGAGGGCUGAUCCAUACAGGACCUGGGACGGUCCCCUCAGAAGCAGCAGCUUCCUGGAUCUGAGCAGCGCGGAGGUGAGAAGGAGCCACACAGCGCCAGAGCGGACCGGCCUAAGGCUCUACUUCAGCCCCCCCGCCAUGCGCCGCGCCCACCGGAGGGGGCAGGGGCCCCGGCCGCCCCUCGUCUCCAGCAGCAGCGGCAGCUGGCUCCCCCUGGAGGCCAACCUGAGCGAUGACAUGAAGGAGAGGACGCACUGCGCGCGACGGGCGCUGCAGAGGAGGCGGGCUGACGCCGCCUGCCAGACGGUGGGCGUGGCCGGCGCUGUGGCCGUGGCCAGUGUGGCUCUUCAGACUGAGGGCCCUGCCUCCGGCCGCCCCCCUCGCCGCCACCUCUCCAGCCUGGAGAGGGUUCCUGGUCAUCCCCGCUGCCGCUCCCCAAAACCGCAACGCAGGGUCUCCACACCCUCUUGCCUGCCCCUCUCCACCUCCCCAGCCUCCUCAUCCACCCUGUCCUCAUCCUGUGCCUCCUUGUCCGCUUCUUCCUCGAUCUCCUCCUUCACCUCCUCCACCUCCUCGGCUGCCCCCAGGCCAGAGGCGCCCACUAGUGCCCCCCUGUGGAGGGCAACGCGGGGACAGAACGGGUCAGCUUGGGCACGGUCCAGCAUGCCCCGUGCCGGAUCGUUGCCGGCCAGCCGCGGCGCUGGUGUGGUAGAGAGGGGUGGGGCUGUGAACCAGUCCGGGGAGGGGCCAGGAGCAGGCAGGGGUGUAGGGGGCAAGCCUGAUGCGGGGAGAGGGACCGGGGCAGUGCACAAGUAUGGCAUCGUGCAGGAGUUUCUCAGAAGCGUGUGUGGGCGGGGCCAGGUGCCUGCAGCGAGUGGGCAGGGGAGGGGUGGUUCCAAUGGGCGGGGGAAAACGGAGAGGGCCGCCCCCCGAGUGGCCGUGUCGGCAGGAAGUGACAGCGCCACGUGCAUCGUCAAUAAGCGGUUCAUGAGGCACAGCCUGAGGGAGGAGCCAGGCCGGGGGGGCAGGGCUCUCAGUGCCAGAGAGAAGAGCAGGAGCAACAAUGCUCUGGAGGACACUGCAUGCGACUGCACCCCUCACUCCUUGACCUUCUGCUUUGCCCGCCCAUCACGUGCUGGUAUCCCCCAUGCCUCUGGCCAGUGUCGGCUGCACUCAGGGGAAUGCUGCCAGUCUUCUCAGGGGAAAGGACAGCCAGCCGAUGAGUGAUGUGACACCUGGCCAAUCACAGGAGUUCUCAGUGACACAAGCCUAAGCUUCACUGUUUAGAGACUGUCAUCUUCAGGACCCUGUCAUUCAAUCCCAGACUCGUGCUGUUCUGGAACUCCGAUGAUAAACCCAUCUGUGGAGAGUUUUUGAAUGCUGAGUGUUAGAACCCAUCUGUUCUGGAAUGCUGAGCUUUAGAACCCAUUUGAGGAAUUCAGGAAUGUUGACGUGUAGAGCCUAAUUGCAGAGAGUUCUGGAAUGUUGACUAAUGAAAGCCAUGUGUGAAGUUCUGGAAUAACAGUCUAAAAUCUGCAGUCAGUGUUCUGGAACAUUUAUCUGUAGAAUCCAUCUACCCAUCUAUAAGAGUUCUUAUUAAUUACAUGCACUGCUUAAAUAAGGCCAGUAUCUUCUAGAAUUUACUUUAAUUAGAAACACUUAUAAGGGGCGGAAUGCAGAUCACAGCUACAUUGAAAAUGGCAAAUACUGAGAACAGUGAAUAAUAUUAUAUACAAGAAUGUUAUUUCAUUUAUGUGAUUGAGUAUUUUUUUAGGUAGUAUAUUGCUCGUCCUUGCUGGGACAUAAUAUUUAUGUAAAUACAAACAUGAUCAGAGUACUGUAAUAUAAUUUUUAUAUAUAAUUAAAUAAAUAAUAAAGUUAAAAUAAUAAUUACUUUUACUUUUAAGUUGUAAUUCAAAUAUUGCUCACAAUAAAUCCUGAAUAAUUUUUUUUUUUAAUUCACAGCUUCGAGUGAUUUGUGAAAGUUCACAGUACUGGGACAUUUGAGGUGCAUUUAAGAUUAAUAAAAAUAAAUAAAUUGAAUUCACAGCAGUAAACUAAUAGUAGGGGAGGAAUUCCUCUGAUCCAGAACUUUAAAGGAAGGUCACUGUGGGGUUGUGGGCUCCUGGGAGAGCAGGGGGUAGUGGGAUUGUUGUAGGUUAUGUUUCCUGGGGAAUACGUGAUUCCUCAACAGCUGAGGAUAUUUCACACACCCUCACCCCUCCCCCAUCAGAGAUCCAGUUUCUCACAACCCUUCAAUCAUUGUCCACUGACCUGGAUUCC